AAUUUAGUGAAGAUCUAUGACGGAGUAAAAGGUAAAAAAGUUGCUGUGGACGAUGUUACACUAAAGAUAUUCGAGGGACAAAUUACAGUUCUUCUUGGUCAUAACGGAGCUGGUAAAAGUAGUUUGAUGUCUGUCCUUACCGGUUUUUAUUUUCCGAGUCAGGGAACUGCUGUUGUCAAUGGUUACGACAUUAGAACAAGCAUGGAUGGCGUACGGUCAAGUUUAGGUUUAUGUCCACAACAUGACGUUUUGUACGAUCGACUGACUGUUAAGGAGCAUUUGUGGUUCUUCGGAAAACUAAAGGGUCUGUCUAGUGAUGAAAUCGAUAGCGAAGUGGUAAAAAUGAUGGAGUCCAUCAAACUGGCGGAUAAAGCUAACGCUCAGACCAGAUAUUUGUCUGGCGGGAUGAAACGCAAGCUAUCUUUAGGAGUAGCGCUGAUUGGAAAAUCGAAGGUGUUAAUGCUUGACGAACCUACUUCCGGUAUGGAUCCAUCUACCCGCAUGUUUACUUGGAAACUGCUUGAGAAGUAUCGUGACGGACGAACGAUCUUGCUGACGACACAUUCCAUGGACGAGGCGGACUUUUUAGGAGACCGCAUUGCGAUAAUGGCUGAGGGCAAAGUCCGUUGUUUUGGUAGUUCAUUGUUUUUGAAAAACCAUUAUAGCGUGGGUUAUCAUAUAGUGAUGGUCAAAGAACCAGAAUGUAAAGAACACAAAAUUGAUGAACUUGUUAAAGAGUACGUCCCGAAUGGCCAAUUGGAUAGUCGUGCUGGCGCUGAACUGUCCUACAUCUUGCCUCGGGAAUCUUCGCGGAAUUUUUCCACGUUGUUCUCAGAACUGGAGACUCGACGAAAGGAGCUGGGAAUUGCUAGUUAUGGCGCUUCAAUGACAACCAUGGAAGAAGUUUUUAUGAAAGUGGGAACGGAAUGUGACGACACGUUAAAUGAUAGACUCAAGGUAAGCUGUGGUAAAGGUGGUAAAUGUUGA